AUGAGUCAAGAAGAUGAUGAUAAUAUAUUAUUAUCAACAUCAACUCUAUUAAAAUCUCAAGAUACCUUUAGAGGUAAAAUCAAUACAAAUAGUAGUUUAUACAAAUCAUUGAAUAGUAAUAAUAAUAAUUUCAAUUUUAAUCAAAGUAUAAAUAAUAAUAAUAAUAAUAAUAAUAAUAAUAAUAAAGCAAUAUUUCUUGAUAAUAAAGAAUUUAAUUCACUUUCAAAAGAUAUUGAAGAAUAUUUGAAUUCAAUCGAGAAUAAUAAUAGCGAUAAUGAUGAUGAUGAUGAUGACGACGAACAAAAUUCAACAGUAAAUGAAAUCAAUAAUGAUUUACCAAUUACAUUUCUUAGUGAUGCAAAUGAAGCAAUUAAAAAACAACAAUUAUACAUUCAACAAUUAGAAAGACAAUUAAAACAAGAUAAAAGAAUUGGUGAUAAUUUAUUACAACAAUCAUUAGAAUUAUCAUCAACUGAAAAGGAAUUAUCAGAAUUAAAAGUAAAAUUCAAUGAUAUUGAAAGAACAAAUAAAUUUUUACUUACAAAAACUGCUGAAGCAAGAUUAGAUUUAGAAAAUUCUGAAAAAAUUAAUCAAACUAAAAUUGCAAACAAAAAUUUAGAAAUUGAAGGAUUAUCAAAAAAAAUUAAAUUUCUAUCAAAUAGUGAAAAAGAAUUAGAAGAUAAAUUAAAAGAAAUGGAUAAUAAAUAUUUAGAAUUAGAAAGAAAUACUCAAUUAAAGAUUAGAGCUAUUGAAAAAGAAAAAACAAAUUGUAGAACAGAAAUUGUUGAAUUAAAACAUAAAAAUUCAAAUCAAAAUGAUUUAACAUCAAUUCAAAAAUUAAAAGAUUCAGAAAUUCAACAUUUAAAAUCAAUUAAUAAAAAAUUAGAAGAACAAAUUAAUCAUCAAAAACAAACUUUAGAUUCAACUUUAAAACAAUUAUCUGAAAAAGAUAAACAAUUAGAUACAUUUAAAAAUAUUAUAACUUCACCACCACCACCAUCAUCAUCAUCAUCAUCAUUAUCAUCAGCAUCGGCAUCUUUAAAAAAUUCAGAAAUUGAAACAUUAAAUCAAUCUUUAAAAUCUGAAAUUAAUUAUUUUAAAAAAAUUAAUAAAGAACAAAAAGAUGAAAUUAAUAGACUAAAUAAAAUUUUUGAAGGAGUUGGUAAUUUAGAGAUGAUAAAACAACAAAAUGAAAAUAUGAAAGAGAAAAUAAAAAGAUUAGAACCAUUGAUUGAGAAAUAUAAUAGAUUACAAGUUGAACAUAAUCAAUUAAUCAAUGAAAAGAAUCAAAUGGAGUUAACUUUUGGUUCAAUUGAUAAACAACAAUCCACUCAACAAUUACAACAAAAAAUCAUUCAAUUAGAGAAUGAUAAUCAAACUUUAAUUGGUAAAAUUGGGGAAAUCACUGCAAAUUGGAAGUUAAUGGAGAGUAGAAAUCAAGAUUAUUCAAUUCGUAUUCAACAAGAAAAAGACUCAUUAAAUGAAAAAUUAACAAAAAUUAAUGAAUUAACAGAGAAAAUUAAAAGAUUAGAAAAAUUAAAUUAUUUAUUAAAUAGAGAAAGAGAUAAUAUUAAAAAUAUUUUAGAUACUUAUGAUGAUAAUCAACAACCUCAACAACUUCAAGAUGAUGAUAAUAAUAAUAAUAAUAAUAAUAAUAAUAAUAAUAAUGAAUCAGGUGAUACAAAAAGAAGAAUUGAAAUAAUAAAUGAAUUAGAAAGAUCAUUAAAAGAAAAGAAUAUAUUAAUUCAAGAAUAUGAAUAUAAAUUAGAUUGUAAUAAUAAUUCUAAUAAUGUUAAUGGUGAUUUCAGUAGUAUUAAUUAUAAAGAAGAAUGCAAAAGAUUAAAUAAAGAAAUUGAAAAACUUUUACAAGAGAAUGCUUUAUUAGAAGCAAGAUUAGGUAAAGGUGAAUUUGAUCCAUUAAAAACUAAAGUUUUACAUUUUUCAAAUAAUCCUUCUUCUUUAAUUUUAAAUCAACAACAACAACAAGAAGAAAGUAAUAAUAAUAAUAUUAAUAAUAAUAUUAAUAAUGAUAAAAAUAAUAAUAAUUCAAUUCAAAUUGAUAAGAAAUUAAUUGAAGAAAAUCAUAGAUUAUUAAUUCAAAUUAAUGAUGGUGAAAAGAAAAUGGAUAGAUUAAAACAAAUUUUUAAACAAAAGAUUAAUGAAUUUAGAGAGGCUGUUUAUGCAUUAUUAGGUUUUAAAAUUGAUGUAGAUACAAAUAAUAGAUAUAAAUUACAAUCAAUGUAUGCAGAAAGAGAAUCUGAUUUCUUAAUGUUUCAACAAUCACCACCAACACAACAAUCAAAUAAUAAGGGUAGAAUUCAAAUGGAAUUAUUGGAAACUGAGUUUACAAGAAAUUUAGAUAAAGAAAUUAAAGCUUAUUUAUUCGCUUGUAAAUCAAUACCUUCUUUCCUUUCUCAAGUUACUAUCGAAUUGUUUUCAAAACAAACUUUUCAUCCUUGA